AUCCAACUUAACUCGUUUUCCCUCCCUGCGAAACGAUAAUAGCAAAAAAAGAGAGACUCGCGUCAAUCCUCACCCUCCAUUAUCGGCAAGACCAACACUUCCAUUUCUGCAAUUCCUUAGAUUCUAGAGAGAGACAGAGAGGGGAGAUUUUGCAGAGGAGCGGGAAUGGCGAGAGCAGAUCUGGACGGGAGGUCGAUCAAGCCGCUGACCAUAUGCAUGAUCGGCGCGGGGGGCUUCAUCGGUUCGCAUUUGUGCGAGAAGCUGAUGGCCGAGACGCCGCACAAGGUGCUCGCGCUCGACGUCUACAGCGACAAGAUCAGGCACCUCCUCGAGCCCGAAUCCCUCGCCUGGGCUGGCCGCAUCCAGUUCCACCGCAUCAACAUCAAGCACGACUCUCGCCUCGAAGGCCUCAUCAAAAUGGCAGAUCUGACAAUCAACCUCGCUGCGAUCUGUACUCCCGCCGAUUACAACACUCGGCCUCUUGACACGAUCUACAGUAACUUCAUCGAUGCGCUUCCCGUGGUCAAGUACUGUUCGGAGAACAACAAGCGACUCAUUCACUUUUCGACCUGUGAAGUGUAUGGGAAAACGAUUGGUAGCUUCCUUCCUAAAGAUAGUCCACUUCGUCAGGACCCUGCAUAUUAUGUUCUCAAGGAAGAUGCCUCCCCCUGCAUUUUUGGCCCAAUUGAAAAGCAGAGGUGGUCCUAUGCAUGUGCAAAACAAUUGAUUGAGAGGUUGAUUUAUGCCGAAGGAGCAGAAAAUGGUCUCGAGUUCACUAUUGUGAGGCCUUUUAACUGGAUAGGACCCAGGAUGGAUUUUAUACCUGGCAUUGAUGGUCCCAGUGAGGGUGUACCCAGGGUUUUGGCAUGCUUUAGUAAUGCUUUAUUACGUCGUGAGCAACUCAAACUUGUUGAUGGUGGCCAGUCACAGAGAACUUUCAUCUACAUUAAGGAUGCUAUUGAAGCUGUUCUUCUUAUGAUUGAAAACCCGGAGAGGGCCAAUGGGCACAUUUUUAAUGUGGGUAACCCCAACAACGAAGUAACGGUUAGGCAGCUUGCUGAAAUGAUGACUCAGAUCUACUCAAAGGUCAGUGGGGAGGCAGCUUUGGAUGUACCUACCAUCGACGUAAGUUCCAAGGAGUUUUACGGCGAGGGUUAUGACGAUAGUGACAAGAGAAUCCCGGACAUGACCAUCAUUAAUAGGCAAUUGGGUUGGGAUCCCAAAACAUCCCUCUGGGACUUGCUUGAAGCCACGCUUACUUAUCAACACCGGACAUAUGCUGAGGCCAUCAAAAAGGCCAUGUCAAGGCCAGUUGCAUCCAGCUAAUGUAGU